AUGAGUCGCUUCGCUGCGAUCUUCAAAGAGCAGCGCCUCCAACAAGAGAAGAUGACUCCUAUGCAACCGGAGAUCCGCACCCCAACGCUCCCUCCACGCGUCCCGACCAUCAUCAUUCCGGCACUAAUCGACCCGUUGGUCUACAGCUUCACCCCGUACACGGGCAAGCAACUCGCUGAAAAGAAGCUGGCCGCACGUAUGUUUUGGGGUAUGGUCCUCGCCAAGAAUGAAUCGGUGCCGGCCGCAGACGGAACGUUGAACCGCGACCACACGUGUCACUUCUGUUAUCGGAAGGCCGAAAGCGAAGCGAUCAAGCGCGGCAACUUCCACAUGUUUCCCGAAUCCGAUGGACCUUGGCGCGGGCACGGCUUCGCGGCUACGGCGGCC